GAGGGGUCCCAGGUAUUACUUCCUCUCCACAUGACUUACCACUAAAGAAAAAUAGCCGAAAAAAGAAGUUAAGUAAAACGAGUGUAGUCUCUACUGAGACAGAUGAUACUAUUAACUAUAUUCCCUCUAAUGAUAAUAUAUCUAGGAUGGGAUCUAAACUUGAAAAAGUAUUAAAAGAAAUGGAUGACAUCGGUAAUUCCAUUCCUUGA